UCGCACGUCGACGCCGACUUUCUCUACGACUCCAUCCGGGACAAGCUGGGGUACCUGACCGACUACGAGAGGAGCGAGGUCAAGGACGCGACGAGGAUGGCGUUCAACGCGCACGACGGGCAAAAACGCAAGUCCGGCGAGCCCUUCGUCACCCACCCGGUGGCGGUGGCGGGGAUACUGGCGGACCAGCGCAUGGACCACGAGACGGUCAUUGCCGGUUUACUUCACGACACCGUGGAGGACACCGACGCGGUCACGUUCGAGUCCAUCCAGGAACGGUUCGGACCCGCGGUGCGACGGAUCGUGGAGGGGGAGACCAAGGUGAGCAAGGUGAGCAGCUCCCAGGCGCUGGCCGCGGCGGCCAACGUGCAGGCGGACGACCUGAAGGAGAUGUUCCUGGCGAUGACCCAGGACGUGCGGGUCAUCAUCGUCAAGCUGGCCGACAGGCUGCACAACAUGCGCACGCUGGGAGCGCUCAAGCCCGAGAAGAGGGUGAAGAUUGCGAGGGAGACCUUGCUCGUGUUCGCGCCCCUCGCGAAGCUCCUCGGCAUGUAUAACGUCAAGAACGAGCUCGAGGAGUUGGCGUUCAGGUACGCCGCACCCGAGACGCACGCGGAGACGGCGCGGUGGUUCGACGAGCUGACCAAGAGGCAGGAUCCCGUGGUGAGGCGCGCGGCGGAGGAGCUUCAGGCACUCUGCGACAAGGACGAGUUCCUCAAGCAGGCGUGCAGCAAGGUGGAGGUCCUCCCUCGGGCCAAAGAGUUCUACGGCUUGUUCCGCAGGGCCAACGGCGGGAGUAAGCCCGGGGAGAUUGACAACCUUAGGCGGGUGAACGAGGUGGCGCAGCUCAGGGUGAUUUUGCACCUCCGGGGCGACGACGAGUCCGACGGCGAGUACGCCGCCAUGUCCGAGGCGCGCAGGAUGGUAUCGUCCAGGGUGUGCUACCAGGCGCUCAGCAUGGUCCAUGCGCUGUGGCCACCCGUCCCGGGGCGCAUGAAGGACUACAUUGCCACCCCCAAGCUCAACGGGUAUCGCGCGCUGCACACCGUCGUCCUCCCCAUCGGGUCCGACCAGCAGGGCAGCGCGCCGGAGAGGCAGGGCCCCAUCGAGACGGAGGUGUUCCCGCUGGAGCUGCAGAUUCGCACGUACGACAUGCACCGCAUGGCUGAGAGCGGCAUCGCGGCGGACGGUGAGGUCAAGGCUGCGUGGCGCGCGACGGCGAAGAGGACGGCUCGCAAACUUCGUAAACUUCGGAGGAGAGCGGCUGACGCGGACGGCGAUGUCAAGGUUGAGUGGCUGAGCAACAUCAGGGAGUGGCAGGAGGAGUUCCUCGGCGUCAUCACCGCGGAGGAGUUUGUGGACACUGUCACCGGGGACCUCCUCGGCAGGCGCGUCUUCGUGUUCACGCCGUCGGGCGGGGUCAUGAACCUACCCCACGGCGCCACCGUCGUGGAUUACGCCUUUUACACGGACGCGGGCCUGGACAUGGUCGAGGCGAAGGUGAACGGCGUCGCCGUGGACUUUGACACCCCCCUGCACAACGCCGACGUGGUCGAGAUCAUCACGCAAGCCGCGGGCGGGUACAACCUCUUGGACGGCGCGGGUGAGUCCACCGCGGCGGCGCUCGCGGGUGCGGUGGCCAAGCAAAAGAUUUCGCUGCAGAAGAAGUUCCUGGACAUGGCGCGGACGAGGUCGGCCAAGUACAAGAUCAAGAAGUUCCUCGCGGAGCAGGGGGUGAAACUCGGGGACGAA